GUUCUACUGGCUACUGCAGGACGGCAAAACCGACUUGCCCCAACCCGGCCGGAAGACCCAAAACUGAAGAAGAUGUUGGCGGGAGCCGCGUUAUCCUCUCCCCGCCUCCCUGGCCUCUACCCCUUCGUUGCUCUUCGGAGCGGCGAACCACUCCGAGCUCCAAAUUCUUCUUCUCUCUCGCUUACUCCGCUGCCGGUUCCUAGGGUUUCUUCUUCUCUGGUGAAUUUGGCGAGGCCGAGCUCCGGCGCCCGGUCGAAACGGGACGCGGAAGGUUUCUGGGAGGACCCAGAUGAUGGGUACGGAAGCGAUUACGAGGAGAUGGAUCGAGAAGAGGAGGAACGAGGAGUUGAAAGAGAAGCGGAGCCUUCUUAUCUUGGUAAUAAUGCUAAUAAAUCUACGACCUCUGCAUACGAGGAGGAGCUUGUGAAAGAAGUUGAACUGCUGUUAGAACCAGAAGAGAAGGCUAUUUUGCAAGAGAAUGAAGGUCCUGAUCUCAGCAAAAUAUCGACUAUGAAGUGGAACCCAUUUCAUAAUCUGGCAUUGUCAGGGCAAAUACCUUUCAUGGAUAAACUACUGGAGCUUGGUAUUGAAAUUGAUUCUGUGGACAAGGAUGGUUUCACUGCUCUUCAUAAAGCAGUGAUUGGUAAAAAGGAGGCUGUUAUUAGCCAUCUUCUGCGGAAAGGUGCAAAUCCUCAUAUCAGGGAUAGGGAUGGUGCCACACCACUGCAUUAUGCGGUUCAAGUUGGUGCAAUGCAAACUGUGAAGUUACUUAUCAAAUAUAAAGUUGAUGUAAAUGUUGCAGAUAAUGAUGGCUGGACGCCGUUGCAUGUUGCCAUACAAAGUAGAAAUAGGGAUAUUGCAAAACUACUGCUAGUAAAUGGUGCUGAUAAGACAAGAAGAAAUAAGGAUGGAAAAAUUCCUUUGGAUCUAAGCUUAUGUUAUGGGAGAGAUUUCAAGUCGUACGAGCUUGCUAAGCUACUCAAACUUGUUCCAGCAAACAGAGAUCCUUGAAACUCCCUGCUUAUACAAUAAAUGGAGAUAUAAAAGAAAGACUAACGGGACAUUUUGCUGAAACUUUGAAUACUUGUGGGAAUUGCUAUUCUAUGAAGAGAGGGCCAACAAGCAGCAUGGCAAUUGAUAAAACUCAUGGAAAUGUUGAUCGCCAUACAUGGAAAUCCAAAAAUAGUGGUCAAAAUCUGAUCAUUGUGCUGAAAAUUUUAAGGGACUGAAAUUAAAUAGCUGAGUGAGGAGGCAUAUUUUAUUGUGCGCUAUGUUGGCAUCUUCUUCUGCAUGGGCCAGCGAAAACGAUUUCAUUAAGUGGGAUUUAGAGUUCAUAUUGAUUUCAACAGCAAAUAUGGCCUCCUUUAAAUGAAGAACCAUGAUUCUCUUAUUGGCUGUCAA